AUGUUUGUAAGUCUUUCAGAGGAGCAACAGAAGGAGUUGGCGAAGAGACUCGUGUCGUUUUUGUUCAUAUAUAAACACAUCUCCGACUCCUACAUAAUUGAGUUUUUUAGUGAGAACCUGUGGGAGACGCUACCAAAAGGAUGGCAGAAAGCUUUGGAAGAUCUAACAGCACCGCAGGUUGCAGAGCUGCUGCUGGAUAACCAAACCAAAAACAGAGUGUACCCGACUGUAUGGCCUCUAUCACUACUUGCGCUACGGGCUACAGCUCACACCUUAACAUUUCCUCGUAUGAAUAAGGUAGUGAAGGCUGAUGAGUUCCAUUCUAACAGCAGUCAGAGCUCUCUGCUUAAGCACAUCUUCCGCAAGCAUGUCAAACCAAAGAAACAACAUGAGAUUCUCAAGCUUGGAAUGAUGGUUAAGCAGCUGUGUGAACAGACUCAGUGUAGCCGGGUGGUUGAUGUCGGGUCUGGGCAGGGCCAUUUGACGCGUUUCCUGUCAUUUGGACUUGGACUGGAUGUUACUGCUAUUGAGGCUGAUUCCAACCUGGUUUCUACAGCCUCCAAAUUUGAUGGACAGCUGCAAUCAACGCUGGCCAAAGAGAGUCAAAGGUCAGGAAUCGUACACACACUGCCCGAUGCCGCACCUCGACACGUAAUUGGCUGGGUCAACCCCAGAGACACCUGGAGGAUCUUUCUUCAGCAGCUCGGGAAGGAUGAGAAUCACUGUGAGAACAACCCUGACUCGGCAGGCCGGUGUAAAAAGAGACAGCGGGUAUCGAUGUCACCAGACAAGGAAUGUGAGCCUGAAACGGAGCUCGUUCAUAAAAGCCAACACUUGUGCAGUGGGGAGUGUAGGUCGGUAGCUGAUGCUGAUGAGAGAACAUUCACAUUUCCUCUUCAGAAUGAUGAUGGACAAAACUUCCAGUCCAACACUGAGACAGCAGAAGCUCAUUUUCAUGCAGGUUUUGUUUCAAACUGUUGCUGUAAAGACAGAACUGAAAAGCAUAUGAAGACGCCAGUAGUUCAUUCUAACGCUAAAGAACCCAGCAGCUCAGAUUUUGUCUUAACUGGACUUCACGCCUGUGGUGACCUUAGCGCUACUCUCCUCCGUCAUUUCGCCAGCUGCCCCAACGUUCGAGGAAUCACCUCUGUAGCCUGCUGCUAUAUGAAAAUCACUACCAAAGAGAACUCCACCCCCCCUGGACUAGUCCUGCCUCCUCAUCCUGAAAACAUGAAGGAAGGGUCACAAUCAGAAUACGGCUACCCUAUGAGUGAGUGGGUCGGAGGGUUGCCCGGACACCAGCUGUCCUACAAGGCCCUUGAAGGGGCGUGCCAUGCAAUUGAGGACUACCUCCAAAGGCUGAGAGAGGACAGCGGGUUGUUAAGAACACACUGCUACAGAGCGGCUUUGGAGACCAUCAUCAGAGCAGAGAGGCCUGAGCUCCGCAGGGCAGGAGUUCAGACCAUUAAGAAAGCCCAUAUGCUGCCAUUCUCAGAGUAUGCCCGCCUGGGCUUAAGCCGCGUUGGCCUGCCUGGCGACUUGGCAUACGACUCUGCCUUUGUGGAAGGUCUGCUAGAGCAGCACGGCCGAGUGGUGGUUUAUUUCAGCCUGGCUCUGUUACUGGCUCCUGUGGUCGAGAGUUUGGUGCUGUUGGACAGAAUGCUGUUCCUACAGGAGAGAGGUUUUCAGAGCCAGCUUGUUCCAUUGUUUGACCCAGUACUGUCCCCCCGAAACCAUGUGCUGCUAGCAGUGAAACCAGAAGCAGAUGGAGAAGAGGUUUAACUCCAAACCGGUUCUCUACAAUUAGUUGCCGGGACUUUAGGUUUGGACUGAUUUGAAAGAAAAGUUUGCUCAUUACAUUCAAAUGUAGUUAUUAGUGAAAUGUCAUGAGUGUAGUUGCACUUUUUAUUGUUGUACCAGCUGGAUUGAAUAUCGUUUUAACUGCUGUUUUAGUUUUUUAUUCAAAUUCUAUCUGAAAUCUCCCUGUAUGUAAUAAUUGCAGUAAUUUAUGAUAAAAUGUAUUUGUUUUACCCACUUUUAAUAAAUGAGUGGCCUCCUUCA